GACUCCGGACUCUCUGUUGAAGCACCUGAUAGGAGGAAGCUUCACCUCAGACAAUGCCAAACAAUCGACGUGGCUCAAGUGCACAGAUGCUUAGAGCCUCGGAAUGCGUCCCUGGAGAAGACAGCAACAGCUACAAUAAGGACGACGUAGGAGAAUCAUGAAGAAGACAGCAAGAACUUAGGACUCGUGGAUGGCAGCAGGAGAUAAGCGAGUCAGCUUAUAUCAGUCCACGACAGGACAGCAGAUGACACGGUGGCAGGAUACGGCUACGCUCAAGGGGAGAUUGGAAGUAUCACCCCUGAAGUCAUGGACAUGGGAGAACAAGGGGUCUGAUCAAAGAAGACAGUACUAUCAUGAUCAUCUUAGCGGAGGACAUACAAGGAAUGCACGAGACCACCUCCAAGCAUGCUCCUACGGAGACACAGGACCUGUCAAGGUCAAGGGAGCAGCUACGUCAACUUCACAGAGAGCGUUGGAUGAGAAUCGAAGACCUCGUCAUGUCAAGCCUAUGACUCUUUCUCAGGGGACCCUCAAGGUACGGAACCAGGCCUCGGACCGGUCGAAGAAUCAUAUCGCAGAUAAGAAGCGUAGAGUACCGGUAGUGGUAGUUCCUAGGACCGGGCAGCCCCUAUUUUAGGGACCGAGGAAGAGGAAGAAGGGCCGCACGCAUUUGCAGGACAGGGAAAGGAGAACGAGGUGUAUAGUCUCUGUGAGACUGGAUUGCUUGAAGUAAACAAGCUUGACCAUCCAUACCAAUCUCUUAUCACCUCCGUUUGUUCUCUGUAUCCUGAUAUCUUUCCUGCGCGGCCAUUCAUUCGUGAUAACUAUUACCACUGCUACAGAAACUUGCAGUCGGUGCUAUCACUGUCUACUUCGGGUGUCACUGCUAGGCUGUGACUGUGUCACCGUCUGUGGAGAGAAGGUUACUGGGAACUUCAACAUAUUCUAAAAAUUUUAGAAUAUCAGUGCCUAGAUAUUCUAUUUCUCGAGAAACCUUGUAUCACGGCAACCAGUGGACUCUUACUCUCACAUUCGGAGUGACAUCAGCUGGAGAGUAUCUGUGGAGUGACAACGGUAGUAACUGCUGAGCCUGGAGUCAAACAUGGGUUCCGAUAUCAAAAUGGCCUCUCAAGCCUCUCAAGCCUAGCCGAGCUCCCUGUACCUCGUCAGGGAGGGAGAUGGAUGAUGCGAAGUCACAGGGGACCCACUUCAUCCUGAGGUCAUCUGUUCGACACCAGAGACAGUCAGGGAGGGUUCACUAAAUGAACAAUCAAAAUCAGGCUGAACCUCUGAGAACAUCUGAUGAUGACAUCAGCAUCGAGCCUCGCAUCAUCCCUAUGUCAAGUGACAUGGACGAGUCACAGGGAUCCCCCAAGCAGAGCCAGGAGUCGCACAAGAUGACGACGAGGCCACAAUACAGCUCUCCCACCAUGAUGAUGAGUGUGGCAAAGAAGCUGAGGGGUGACAUGACA